CGAGAACGGAGAACUCGGAAGACGUUAAAAGUUUUACUUUGUACUUAGUUCGCAUGACAAUACAAAUCAAGUAUUCGCCCUUAAGAAAUUAUAGUUAUUACUAUUUACCAGUUUAUUUUUCCGAGCAUGUAAAUGAUAAUCGUAACCCACUUUUUAUCAUCGUCAGGCGAAACGUGGCUUCCGCAUCCGUUAAGUGUGACUUCGCGGGUCAAGAGAAUUUUGUACCUCAAGAUAUCAACCUGCGGUGUGAAUAUAUAUGAUGCUUUGUAAAAGUUCUGCCUAUUCGUGAGAACCAGACGCUUGACUGUCUAUUCAGCUUCGUUUCGGCAGAAAUAAAUCUUCGAACGAGAAACGCAAGAAGCAUGUCGCUACUGUCUGCUGUUGAGGAGGUUAUCAAGACAUAUAAAAGUGAACAAGCCAAACUCAACCGCAGCAUUCAGCUUUACAGAGAAAUCCUACAGAGUCUGACAACACAACCCGAGGCUGGCUCUGACGAACCAGAAUCAGCAGAUGCUGCUGCUGCUGCAGAUGCUGAGUCCUCACCGGGGGAGAAGGAAGAUAUAGAGCUGCUUGAGCAGGCGCUGCAAAAAGCCCUUCAGGUCCGCAGCGCCACAGAGGUCUCUAGACGAGACGGCGGCAAAAGCAAACCGUCUGCAGCUCCCAAAGAAUCAGGAAAUGUGCCGGCGCCAUCAGCGGCGCCUAAAGAGGGUCAAGCGACCAUCAAGUCGAGUCAAAAGUCCGCCGGCCUUCACAGAGAAGGCCACAAGAAGCCCGGUUUUUCACUCAGCUCGAGGCCUUCAGCGGGCCAAAAACCAGCCCAGUCCAAAGACGUAACCCGACAGCAUCCCUCCUCGGCGGCCCGGGCCGGGCGUCGCCAGGCAUCUAGGAGACUGCAGCCGGCUGUCUUGGCAGGAUCUGCCUCUGCCGAUCAGAACCCAGCCUCGCUCUUUAAAACCAAGACCGUCCGAAGCAACGUGCCAGGAGACAAUGGCCCGGGCAAAGCUGCAUCUGUCUCCGUGCCUCCUUCCAGUGACAUAGGGUCCUUUUCAGGGACAGAUGGGUCUGGGGCCGGCAGCUUGCAUCAACAGAAUGGCGGGCUUUCUGAGCAGAUUAGAAAAUGGAAAUCUUUGAGGAGCAAACAAGACAGAUUGUGGGGAAAAGUCAUUACCUUGCAGAGGACGCCUGAGCCUGGGAGGAGAAGCUUCCUGCAGAGAAUGAGGGCGACGUUUCCUAAUGAUUGGCCACGUGGGAGUCCAGAUGAGGCCAGGUUUCUGCUCCACAGACUAACCGACCAAAGGCUCAGCCUCGCACAGCUCUGCCCAACCGAGGGGAUUCUUGUCAAGCAGCCGUCAGAAAUGGACUCUGAGCUCCUGGUUGGCGAGGAGACCGAGUCCCCUUCCCGUCUGACACAGGAGCGGCCGCCGCCGACGACAGCAGAGCUCCACGUCUGUGCAGACAAAGUGAAACAAGAGUGGAAAGCGUGGGAUCGAUGGAGGCCGGAGGGAGGCUGUCUUUGCCCGUCUGAGGCGGCCGGCGCGUUCGGAGAUGGCUCGGCUUCACCUCUGCCCCUGACCAUAACCUACAGGACGGAGCGGGAGCUCCAGCAGCUGGAGAGGCUGCGGAUGAGAGUGGCACUGCUGCAGCAGGAGAUUUACCUGGAACAGGUUCUCUUGGACACGCUGUCCCCUGUGCUUUCAUCCAUCAGACCUGGACCUGGAUGCCCACCCCCCAGUGUGCUCAGAGACGUCUACUCCCUCCUGGGCGAAGGAGGGGAGCGUUUCGCUGCCAUCGUCCAGGACUCUGAGCAUGACUGACGAAUGAGCUCGUUGCACUGAGAGUUAACGGCUUAGCAGCAGGUAUGCUUACAGGAGACUCAGGAGGGCGGUAAAAACACAAUAGUAACGCUGCUGUUAGAAGAUCAGUCGAAGCAAAAACACAAGCAAACAGAAUUAAAUCUUUGAAAUGUCUGUUAAAGUUUCCCUUGUGAAUAACCGGGGUCUGUUUGUGUGAUUGAUGACCUGUCUGUAACGCGUCUGAGCUCUUACUUAGCUGCUGGGAUCAUAUAGCCGACGACCAGGCUAGACAUGUGCCCCUAAUGAAUGAAAAGGUGGGAACUGACCUAGGGUCCAGUCAAGACUGUAUGUUUUCAUUUUAAUGGAGUUCUGCAUCUUUCUUGAAUGUUUUUUUGUGAACGUCUAACCUUUGAUUUGUUUCUCUGUGAAUCUCAGUAAAAUGGAGA